AUGGUAGGAGAGCGAGAUUUGGUUCAUCUAAACCGUUUGAAAUGUUUCAAUGAUGCUGUCUUUGCCAUAGUGGCGACAAUCUUGAUUCUUCCAAUACGGAGACUGUUAGUUACUGCCAAUACUGACCUGAAAGCGGAGCUUGAAGAUGGAUGGAUUCGGCUGGUUGUCUACUUCUUCGCGUUUCUUGUCAUUUGCGCCGUAUGGGAAUCGCACGUGCAUCGAUUCAUGAUUCUUUCCCGUAUCGACGAUAUUUUGAUUUGGUUAAACCUCGCGUCUCUGUUGUUUACUUCGUUUUUGCCCUUCGCUUGCGCCUUGGAGGGUAAAUAUCCGAAUAGAUUCUUCCCCAUUUUGAUGAUAUGCACCAACAUGGCGACCCUAGAAGUUCUGGAGGUGAUCAUGAUCUUGUAUUCGUUUCGUCAGGUUCAUUUGCUUACCGAGGAUCUACAAGAGCUAACCGAAGGACAAAUAAAAGAACGAAGAGAUUAUAUGCUAGCGAAAAAAAUUCUCAACUCAUUGUUGUAUGUGCUAGCUGCUUUCAUGAGCAACGUUAACGCCACUUCCGCGUGGGUGCUAAUUUCCAUCGUCAUAGUCACGCCAUGUAUACAUCGAUUUAUUGGCCAUAUUUUUCGAAAGUGCAAGGCGAUCCGCAUGCCUGGAGCCGAUUUUGAUCUUCUGUUUGGCAACUACAUUGAUACAGAGCGAGUGGAAUGUUUCAGCGAUGGAGUUUUCUCUAUUGUCGCAACCUUGCUUGUGCUUGACAUAACUACGGAAAGUUUUCCCAGGGAAGCGGAUGUCGAGAAAGAUGGGCUCGGUGCAACUGUGAGGGAUUUGUGGCCCAGCUUCCUUGCGUACAUGGCAACAUUCAUUGAAAUUGCCUUCUUGUGGUUCGUACACCAUUCCCUGUUCCAUUGCAUCAGAAGAAUGAAUCAAAUCAUGUUAGUUGCUAACAACAUUUCCUUGGCCUUCGUCGGCUACUUUCCCUUCUCUGUGGCCGUUUUUAACAAGUACGUCGACCACCACAAAAAUCUCACUUCCGACACGAGGCUGGCAGUGCAGUUUGCUUCAGUGGCCAUAUUUAGUGCGAGUUUAGCACAAGCAGUUGUAUUUAUUGUCGCACUGUGGAAAGGAUCCUCCCACCUAGAGCCCAGAGCGAACCCAUCCAUUUCAAGAAGCAGUCACCGCUACCUGGCCCUAAAGCUCACCAUAAUACCUCUCACCAGCUUAUUCAUCUACUUCACCACCUUUGCCCGCUUUUUAACAAUUUACAUUUCUUUUCUCACUGCAGCGUUCAUAACACCCUUUUUGUUCCUGGUGUUAAAAAUAGUUUUUGGCCGUAGAGAAGUAGGAGAACUUAUGAGACAUGAUUUAGAAAUACUGUAG